GGGAGUAGUUGUGUACAGCUGCGACAAAGGCCACCCCGGUAGACGACGGCCGGCUAGUCCUCGUUGACACGACGCACGCUCAAGAGCUUCGACCUUAACGGGAAAGGUUCCAUCUAGCCAUCUGGCGCCUGCGAAAGUGAAUGAGCGAGGACGAAAUCGGACGACAUCCUGUCAAGAAUUUGGGGAAUACGCUUCCUUCCGUAAACAAUUUCACUUGUCCUGAGCUAAGUAGAUGGAUGCGGAUCGUUCGAGGACUCGUUCAAAGACUUGGACAAUAGUCUGGUGUUAAUAAACAAUAGCGAAAAGGUAAUCACUCUUGAGAACUGACUGGUAUCGGUGAUGAACAUUUCGGAAUAUUUCGAUGAAAGAACAUUCGUCUCUCAUUGUUAUUUGAAUGAUUGUUAGAAGAGAUAGAUCAGUUCCGUGUCGGCAGAAAAUGUUGAUAAAAGUGCCACGAUCUGUACCAUGAUUUGUGAAGAGGUGACGUGUGAUUACGGAAAUUCACUGUAUGAAAUUUAGCUCCGUAUAUUGAAUGGGUUUCGUCCAAUUUUCCAUCGAACAUUGGGGUGAACAUAUCAAGUUUUCCCGCGAUUGUCCGAGCCAAUAACACGAUCAUGUUAAUCGAUUGACACAGACCAAACGUUUCGAUAGUUGUAACAAAGAUCUACAAAAAUUCAAAUCGGAUGUCCGUGGGCACCUAAGUUAUAUAAACGUAUACGUAUACAUUGCUCUGGAACUGACCAACUUGUCAAGCAGCGCAUCAUGUUGCCCGAAAUGCGCUUCACGGUGAAGGACACACGUGGCAAAAAGUUUUGUCGUGCGACUCGAGAGCUUUAGUACAUCUGCAAAGUCGCCCGCAAAAUUUUUUACCAGCGAGGGUGGUGGUCAAACUCGAAACAGUCUUCGGGAAGAGUUCAGCGAACGAGUUUCCAACAAUGGAUUCUCAGCAGCUCGUGGACACGGCCUCGCAGAACAGUCAGGACAUCGUUUUACCGAAACCAGCCAGCAGUACGCCACGACACAGCAUCGACGCGAUCCUCGGAUUGGCCAGCCAUAAAAGGGCUCAUCAGGAAAUGGAGGACACCAGUCGCGACACGCAGGAAAAUACUGGUGAGAACAGCUGCAACUCCACCGGCGGCGGCAGCGACGAGGAGCUCGGCGCGGGCUGCGGGGAGGACAUAAACGGCAACGGAGGCAAGAAGAAGCACCGUCGCAACCGGACAACCUUCACGACCUACCAGCUGCACGAGCUCGAGAGAGCGUUCGAGAAGUCCCACUACCCGGACGUCUACUCCAGGGAGGAGCUCGCCAUGAAGGUCAACCUCCCGGAAGUUCGUGUUCAGGUCUGGUUUCAGAACAGGCGAGCCAAGUGGCGUAGGCAGGAGAAAAUGGAGGCUGCGAGACUAGGCUUGAGCGAGUAUCAUCACGCUGCUAACAUGAGGAACGUUGCCGGUCCAGCUCUGGGUCUGCCAGGGGACCCUUGGCUCGCGCCGCCAGGAUUGCUCAGCGCGCUUCCUGGUUUCCUCGCUGCGCCUCACACGGGAUAUCCCAGUUAUCUGACGUCUCCCAGGCGAUUACCAUCGCCGCCAAAUGUCGGCGCCGUGUCCAACCCCGUUCCAGACAUCGCAUUGUUCGCAGGAUCGCUAGCCAGCAGUAUGGCGAGCAUAAGUGCCGGCGGUCACGUGCAACCACCGCCACCAAGUCCGCCGGGACAUGAUCCUCGCACCUCGAGCAUCCAAGCGCUCAGGAUGCGGGCCAAGGAGCACGUCGAGAGCAUCACCAAGGGUCUGCAGAUGGUCUGAAGGUUAACUGGGGAUACGCCAAGGGCGCGCACCGCUGCCAACCGCACCGUCCUCACGCUCGUGACGGCGUGACGAGCAAGCGAGCAAUCCUUCGCCCAAAGACAUUCAAGAACGCGAGGAGUCGCAUGAGCAGCGCAAACGAUAUAGGUAUAUCGACCGACGAGAGCGAGAGAGUUCGUUCCGCGACAGAAGGGGAAGAUCUCCGACGGCGCUGGACGUGACGAAAGUACAAGAAGGCAAAAGGAAAAGACGAUCGUCCGUUUGUGUGUGUUGGGGAGUGAAAAGGGAUGUUGUUUCUUGGUACCAACAGUUACCGAUGGACGAUCUAAUGUAUAUAUACAUUGCUGACAUGUUAAAUCAAAGAGAUUAAUGUUGCAACGGUCAAUGAUCGGUGGGUAUAUUUUCGAUGACUAUAGAGACUAUCAAUGUGAUAAUUGGCAGGUAUCUAUGAUCAAUGAGCAUGUGUUCAUGGUUGAAAAUGGAUUGACCGUUGCGGUCAGUCCCGUGGAAACGAUGUCAAUCUGGGAAGUUGAGUUUCUCUAUUCGAAACAGCACGAAAAGUAUAAGAUUGAGUCAUUUUCCUAGGCAUUUAUUAUGAUGCCUCGGUAACAAUAAUGGCACUAAACGGCCGACCGACUAUACCGAAAAUACAAUGCGUGUCUUUUAUCUGGCGAAAGAUUUUCGAGCGGAUUGUAUACGCGCGAAAAAUUUGCUCGGGGCUCGCUCCAAAUCGGCAUUGUGCAAUAGACAAAAGGAAUUGUGUUGCGCAAACUUAUUGUCGAAGCAUAGGCAAAGAUCAACUUUCGAUCGACUUGCCGUUAUUAUUCACGAAGCAUUUAUCAAAUACUCAUGCGUUGAGUCUCACGCGAGAUUAUUUUUCAAACCGUGGAUAGAAAACGACGUGUAUGCUUAUUGCCAUUAAAGUCACGCGAAUAGUUUUUAAAGAACGUAAUUAUUCGGCUCGGGGUUAAUAAUUGUGCAUACAUGUGACUUGGUUGUCAAGAGAUCAAGUACAUUGUUUCAUUUCAUUUUAUAAAGCAAUGUAACGCAGGUGCAAAUGUGCUGGUAUCAAUUAAUAUCGUCAUGAGAAUAAAGGUAACAAUUCUUUUUUUUUCAUUUCUAAAUAGAUUAUUUACUUGGUUCAUUCGCUAAUGCGCGACUAAAUUUAUAAAGCAAGGCGUCGAUUUCGAGACGCAGCACGCGGCGUGAAAUAUUCCGUAACACAUAAAUACAUUCCGUAUUAGUCGAUACUACGCGAAUAAUUGAUACAUGGGGAAACUAGCCAAUGAUAUCUUUCAUAAAACAAUUAUAUCGUUUCACGGCCAUCGAACACGUGAACAAACGUCAAUGAACAGUAUUGAUUUACAUAUGUAUGGGAUAUUUAAAUUGCCACUCAGCCCGUAGGUCGUUUCGAGAGAUAACAAAAUAGCUGUCGCUGUUUAUCAAUUAUCUAUUUAGACCGCACGCGUGUAAAGUGAUAAUUCAGACAUUCCACGCAUAAAUAUACAAAUCCGCAUUGAAAAUGGAAAUCUCGAUCGAGCCUCUAUCUUUCGCGUUCAAACUUGUGCCCCGCGUUGCACUAAUCUUACGUCGCGGUAAAAGAGGAGGAAGUAGGAAAAAAAAACGAAUCGUUUCAAUUUCCAACGAGAAAUUCGUUCACUCAACAAAAAAUCGGUUCACUCAACAGUUAUGCCCAUCACGAAAUAUCCUGCGUAGCAAGUAUACAGGAUGUCAGGUAACAGGCAACAUACGUGCGAAGCAAUGAGCGAUAAAAGACUUCGCUUGAUACACGGAUACCUUGAAAGAUCAAUAGAUCCGAUCGAAUCGAGCAACGCCUCGCGAAGUGUGUCCGAUUCGCGCUCGUCGGCCGAAUAUCUCCUCGCUCAACUCGUAGCAAGUUGCGUACAAACCUACAUAGGAAGAUACGCGCUACCGAAGCGUUUGGUAAAACCUAAAUCGUUAAGCGUAAACCGGAUGUCGGUCGGUCCCCCGGAAGCCCUUCCGGAUCGACGGCGGCGCUCACGAGCUCGACGGCGGUCGUCAAUCGUCGAUCGGCGAACUAGCGAAAUAUCUCUUGUAGAAUAUAGGGUAAAGACGCACGGAGGCGAGAAAAGUGAAUUUUGACAUAAACAAUAUUCUGCAGUAUUAAUACGUUAAGGCAAAGAAUUGUGCAUAUUAUCUAGACGCCAAUGUGGUAUGUAAAUUCCAGGAGAGAGCGCGGAGGAGGAUGCGCCGCGCCAUUUCCGGCCGACGUAUUGUUUAAUGAUCGAUGUGAAAUUCAACUCGCGAUGUGCAAAAUCGUAAGGUACAAGGCACUAUUCCUUCCACAGUAUGAAGAUCCCGCUGCGAGUUUUCACAUCAGCACUUUCGUCAGUGCAUUUCAAUUUAUUUUAUCUUGUAACACAGAUUUUUGGCAAAGUAAUAAGCCACUUCCCUAUAUAACUCGACGUAUUGAUCUUGGUGCAUAUAGCUACCGGCCAUUUUGACAUGUACUCACGAUUUUGCAGACCGUAUUUCACGGACGCUUACACUCGGAUCGUCUCGCGAGCGAUCAGCCUCCGCGGCCCGUAAACGAGACACUCGUAGAGAACGAAGAAACGUAGUUAGUCACUUCCCGGACGUCUAUUUGUAUAUAUACCCGCUCGUGACAGAAUAAAAUUCGAUGUACAUAUUUAAUCGUACCAUAUCGUUUGAAGACAGGGCCUCCUUUAUUGAAAUAAAAAUACAAACGAUGAUAAUAUAUUAAAA